UAUCAGCCGUGCAUCCCACAUUCCCAGGCUGCUGCGGCUUGACCGACGCAUACAGCCUCACGCUUGGCAGCUCACAGACACCUGAUGUGCCGAGGCAACGAAUCGAUGGGUAUGUCUGCUCAUUUCGCCAGCAUUAGGAUAUCGAUAAGGUGAGCAUCGGCUCGGCAGAGAGUAUGCGGAUCUGCCGAACACAGUCUCGUACAUCUACAACAAACCCACAACUCGGCGGGUGUGAUGUGCCCACUGACCUGCCAAUGCCGAACCAGACUUUUUGUGUCGGUAGCCUUGGGACUUGGGUUGUCGCCCCGUGCGGUGCUGCCUGGGCGACUGCUCAACCACAGCGCAUGCGCUCUCGACUUGCUUAUGCGGAGACUGGACAAGUCGACUCAGGAUUUGAGAUCGAGAGUGAGUGGAGUUCCCGUGCGUUUGUUGACUCGUCAGGUAGUUGGAGGUUCAGAUUGGUGUUUCCGCAACAGGAGCGCAUGUUUCUAGCAGUUCUCUUUAGCUUGACACAGGUCAUCGGGAACCAUUAAAAAGAAGCACCACAAGUGGGAGAGCACCUUUCCUGUGUAAUACUUGUGCCUCGGCCAGCCGUUCUUUGUCGUGAAGUCAGACGGGUUUGUAUGUGCAGCCCAAGUGGUUUCUAGACUUUAGAGGUCACGGCUAGGUUUGGUGAGGAGCAGCCUGAGAAGCUUGACAUUGAGCUUUCCUUCAGCGGAAGCCUUGGCCGGGGAGCGCAAGAGUUCAGUGGUGGUUGGUGUGCUUUGAGUCGCCCAGAUUUGAAAAGUGACUAGGGUUGGUUGCAGAGGAAGCCAUCAUGAGCACCACCACAGACAGUCCAACACCAUCACAGCCUGCCAGUGCUCCCGCAGCCGUGGCAACCCCCACAGCUGCUGCGGCAACGGCAACAGCAGUGCCCGUUGCUACGACUCCAGCUACUCCUGCCUCAUCAAGAUCAUCUUCAGCGCACAAACCCUCGCGUAGCCGAGGGCCUGGUAGCGGUGGUCGCGGUGCAUCAGCAGCUGGACAUAGCCCGACAAAUCGCCGAAUCCAGAAGGAGCUUGCAGAUAUCUUAGAUGAUCCCCCGCCGAAUUGCAGUGCCUCCCUGAUGGGUGACAAGCUAAAUGAGUGGAUUGCUACCAUCAUGGGACCCAGUGGGUCUGUAUAUGAAGGCGGUGUUUUCUUUCUCAGCGUUACGUUCCCAUCAAACUAUCCCUUUGAGCCGCCAAAGGUGGCAUUUAAGACAAGAAUAUACCAUUGCAAUAUCAACAGUCAAGGUGAAAUCUGCCUGGACAUUCUGAAAGAUAACUGGAGUGCAGCGAUGACUAUCAACAAGGUGCUGCUCUCCGUGUCAGCCUUGCUGACUGAUUGCAAUCCCAGCGACCCACUGGUGGCCAACAUUGCACGCCAGUAUCAGGCAGACCGGGCAGAGCAUGAUCGUGUUGCACGCGAUUGGACGCGUCGCUUUGCCAGAUGAUCCUUGCUUGCUCGGUGCUCGCCCUGUCCGAAUUCUGGUAGAUCUGGCGUGCCUUCUAAGUUCUAACUAACUAACUUCCCUGCUUCACCCACUUACUGCUGUCAUGUUCCUGUGAAUUCUUCUAGCCUGCCGCAUCCGCGUUAUCCUCCUGCCAUCCGCUGUGUAAACAAAAUAACAUUGGUCGUUGAUUUAUAAUCUUCGCAACUGAAGUCCUUCUCAGCCUUACCCUCCAGGAAGCGAGCGCAAGAGAACCAGCAAGAAAGCAACUUGAAACGCCUCUUGCGUCUUCUUCUUCUUCUUUAAACUUGGCUGUUGCGUGUGUCGUAUCGUUCGUCUCUCGAUCGCCCUCCGUUUUGUCUUUGAGAUUAUCUUGCAAGUAAAAGGAAGAAAGAGAGGGAUUUGGCUUGCAGAGGCCCUUCUCUCUUGAUGUAACUUAUCCUUUACCCACUAUAAUCGUUAGGUACAUCACUCACUAUGAUCAUUGGGUACACCACUUCUGAUUGUUGGUGCUACCCCAGUAAAACAUGCAUUUCAAGUUCUUUACUUUCACAAGUGUGUCUCUCUGUGGCAAGUUUUUAAAAGUAACUAUUUUUAUGACAAGUAUGUCACCUUUGCUAGAUGUUUGGUCUUGAUACGUAUAGACUCCACUUUAGUGCCAAUCGCAGAUCAUAUUUUGUGGAGUAUACAGAACCGUAAUCCAUUCCUUUGUGCAGAUCUGUAAUACAUGUACUUGUACGUGUGAUGUUAUUUAUUGAGAAUGCCAAGGUACUUGGUGAUGUGAUGUUUGCUGUUGUCUAGCUUAUGCCCAUAACCACCGAAGUUGAAGCACA